GCUGUCUGCGCAAAUCCAGUCCGGAUUCUCUGGUUGUGAAAACGGCUGCGUGUGUGUGUGUUUGUGUGUGACUGUGAAAGUUUGGCUGGCGCAGGUGUGUGUGUUCUGGCUGUGAUGUCGUGUGUACUCUUUAUGUGGACGGGACUCACCCAACUGGUGUGAAGAAGGUCCCGGAAUUGAGUGGCGCGCUGUGCAUAGUCGUCGUCGUUGUUGUUGCGGGGUAUGAUAGAGCGAGAGCCAUACUGACAUGAGUGAGAGAGAGAAAGAGCUAAAGAUACAUUUUAGCCCCGGUCAUGUAGAGCUUGUGCAGGAGGAUGUCUACACCCCAUACAGGCGUGUGCUUGUGACGGGUGCGACUGGUCUUCUGGGGCGCACGGUCUACAAGGAGUUCCAGAACAACGACUGGGAUGCAUUGGGCUGUGGUUACAACCGGGCUCGACCUCGCUUCCUCAGAUGUAACCUGCUGGACGAAGAUGCUGUGCGGGCGGUCAUUCACGACUUUCAGCCUCAUGCGAUCGUGCACUGUGCUGCUGAGAGGAGGCCAGAUGUGGUGGAGCAUCACACGGAGGCAGCCUUGAACCUGAACGUACAUGCAUGUGCUACUCUGGCAAAAGAAGCAGCUGGCAUCUUCCUGCUGUACAUUAGUACUGAUUAUGUAUUUGAUGGACGCAAUCCUCCAUAUGGAGAAAAUGAUGCACCAAAUCCAUUAAACAUGUAUGGGAAGUCCAAACUUGAAGGAGAACGAGAGAUCCUCAGACAUUGUCCAGGUGCUGCAGUACUUCGGGUCCCCAUUCUGUAUGGCGAGGUGGAGAAGGUUGAGGAGAGUGCAGUAACGGUGCUGUGGGACCGUGUUCAGGAAGGGGCUGAGAGCUGCACUAUAGACCACUGCCAGCAGCGCUUCCCCACCUACACCAAAGAUGUGGCACGUGUCUGUAGGAACAUGGCUGAGAGGGCUCUUCAGGACCCAUCCAUGCGUGGGAUCUUCCAUUAUUCUGGGAAAGAGCAGAUGACUAAAUAUGAGAUGGCCUGUGCCAUUGCAGAUGCGUUUAACCUGCCCAGCAGUCAUCUCAUACCGCUGACAGAGCAACCUGCUGGAGCCGGGGCUCAGAGGCCGCAGAAUGCGCAGUUGGAGUGCUCUCGUCUGGAGCUGCUUGGUUUAAGUGUUGACCCCACUCCCUUCAAAACCGCUAUAAGAGACAGUCUCUGGCCCUUCCUCCACGACAAACGCUGGAGACAGACCGUCUUUCAUUGAGCGAGCACACAUUCCUGAUUAUAGCCUAACAUAGGGCUUCUUUGUUACACAUGGAACAGCUUUGUUUGAUAUGUGAGUUAAUUUAUCACAUACAUAUAGCAUUUUACCACCUUUUCUUUUAUAUUUGCAUAUUGCACUGUAGGUAAUGGAGUCUUUGCUCAGUCUUUGAUGAUGAUAAUGCUUUGUCUCUGUAUUACAAUGACUCAUUAACAGUAUUCUACUCUAUAGAAUUAUAAGAUGCUGGUUGUGUGUGAAAUUGCUAAAUAUGCCUCUGAAUGUUAGUAUCUCAUAUAAACAACUUGCCUAUAGAGAAGAAUGCAGCACAUCGCAAAGAGUCGUACAUUAUGUUUAGCUGAUUAGCUUUCGCUUCUGUAGAAACAAGACAAUCAAGUGUGAUUGUCUUCCAUUGUCAUAUAACAAAUUACUAGCAAAACAUAACAGAUUGAAUGAGGAAAGAAACUAAAAUGAUUAGCCUCAAAAUCACUUUCCUUGUUGUCCCUUUGUUUCACACUAACCAAAUAUGGAUACACUGCUUAUUAGAGUUCAAGUCAAAAAGUGUCUCUGGAACUUUGUUUUGGUUUUGGGUUUUGAUUUUCGUUAAUGCACAUGAGACGGUACACAGUGAAGCACAGAUGAAGUUUUUUUAGUCAUUUGAUGACCUUUUGAACGUUUUUUUUUGUUUGUUUUGAUCACUGGACCACAUUGUUGUAAAUAAAUGUCCUGCUGAAAUAAACAUGGAGCAUGAUGCAACCACAA